AUGUCGUGCAACUGGACUCCCGAGGAGGACGAGCAGCUCAAGGCUCUGGUAGAGAAGCACGGUCCAAAGAAGUGGGCGCUAAUUGCUUCAGAGCUCAAGACAAAGGGUUCGAAGCAGUGCCGCCGCCGGUGGAAGAACUGCCUCAACGCUGACCUGAAGACCGGCGGGUGGACUCCGGAGGAGGAUGACCAGCUCAUCGAGCUGCAUUCCAAGAUGGGCAACCGCUGGACGGAGAUAGCAAACGCCAUCGGGGGGAGGACGGACAACGCGGUCAAGAACCGCUACGCCGCGCUGAGCAAGAAGUCCGGGCGCAUCCGGAAGGCCGCCCGGCACCGCCCCGCCUACAACCGCGCGGCGGCAGCGGACCAGGCCCUGCGGAACCACCGCCGCGGCGGCGCCUCGGACGACGACGACGACGACGAACCGAUGGACGACGGCGCGUCGGACUCGGACCACAAGCCGCGCUCCUCCGCGCGCCGCGUGCGCCGGCCGCUGGUGUCGACGGGCAACACGUCCGCCGGGCAGGCGCCCGGCGCCGGACCGCCCCGCUUCGGCGGCCUCUCCAUCGCGAUCCCCGACGACCCGGGCGCCGCGCCGGCCGCGAGCCAGCCCGUGCCGCCGCUGCCCCUCCACGUCGACCGCAACAUUCUGUCGCCGCUCGAGAUCCAGGGCGUGCAGGAGAUCAACUCGCUGGGCAUGCCGCUGCACAUCGAGCUCGAGAACGGCCCGAUGACGUCCGCGCGCGCCCAGGGCAUCCUGGACAUGUACCGCAUGGACACGCCGCUGGGCGCGCUGCCGACGCCGGCGCUCGGGGACGUGCGCGACGUGAUGGGGUGGCUGCAGACGCCGCGCGCGGCGACGGCGGCGGCGGGGCCGCAGGGGCAGGCCGCGCCGCAGCAGGGGGCGGCGCAGCGGAACGGCGGCGGCGACGGCCCGCUGCAGCCGCUGAAGGAAGAGCACCGCAGCCUGCUCUCCAAGGUGAUCACGCUGGGCAUGCGGAAUAGCCAGCAGCCGGCGCAGGGCGGGCAGGCGCAGGGGCAGCAGGGGCAGCCCGCGGCGCAGGAUCCGGGGCUGCUGCGGCGGGUGCAGGAGCGGAAGCUGCGUCAGGCGGGGCUGCAGCGGGGGGACUCUCUUGGGCGCGCGCAGGCGCGCGCUGCGGAGGCGGAGCUCGACGUAAUUCAGCCGAGCGACACGGCGGCGUCGCCGGGCCCGACGAGCCUGGAGCGGGCGCGCGACGACGGGGGGGUGCGGCGGUCGCCCCGGCGCGCGGCGCAGGGCAACGGCGCGGCGGCCGGGAACGCGGACACGGUGGACGUGGUGAUGGGCCCGGCGUUCCGCGACGAGGAGCUGCAGCUGCUGCUCGAGGCGCUCAACGACAAGACGGUGCAGCUGUCGACGCCCGGCGGGACCGCGGCCAACGACAACAUCUUCCGGUCGCCGCGGCAGCGGCGCCUGGGCACGCCGCGCGCGCUGGCGGCCGCGAACGUGAGCUUGAGCCCGCUGAAGCCGCCGGGCGGGAACAGCAUCGGAGGACUGCUGCGCUAG